UUUUCAUUGGUCUUUAUGCACUGCAACAGCUACACUCCGCGGUUGGAUCCGUGACAAUCGAACUAAUUCUGACCAGCACACCGCUUUGCCGUUGCACGAAACUAAGGAUAUGGUAACAAAGUGGAAUUCAUGCUUUCGAACAUCAGUUGCUUUCGGUUUCCUCCCCGUCGCCCUUGUUGAACGGAUUGAUGUUGUCAAACCAACCCCCCACAUCGGGCAAGCUCAGGUUGAUUCGGUCUGCCCAGGACUGCGCCGGAAAGGCAGAGAAUCGGUUCGCGCUGGACCGAAAGUCCCUGCCGUUGGCAUCGGUACCAGUCCACACCACGUAAAGCAUCAGAUCGCAUUCCGCCGUCGUGGACUCCUUGCAAGCCUCGACGGUGUUGAAGCAAGCCCCCACGGGUUGCUUGGCGCCUUCUUCCGUCUGGAUUUCACCGUCGUAGCCAUAGGUGUUGUCUACGCAUUGCUUGCUGCCACAGAACACGCACGCAUUGUCCCAAGURAUCCCCGUCACGCUCCCCUCGUCGACGGAAAUGAUUGCCGUCAGAAAAGGGAAGACCUGUCGUUCGCUGUUGUAGUAUAGUUUUUGAAACGACAGUCUGUGCAAUAGAAGAGCGAAAAACAUGAUUCGAGAUCAUGAUUUUACAGCAACAAAAGCGUUCGUGAUGGGUGAAGGGAGUGGUUUAUCCAACCRAUCGGGAAGGAACGCACCGAUAAGUUGAGAAAAACGAAAAAUAAAAUUUUUGAGAGACGAGCCAUGUCAAUCCAGUGGAAGUGCCCUACUUUCAAUAGAGCGUCGAGACGGCAUUGGUCUGGUAUUCUUUUUUCGCCUCCAAAAUGCCAACACGCCAAAGCGCCAUAUUCCACAAUACAAUAGCACACCUAACAAAACACAACAACCCCAUUGCUCUCGCUCGRAACCAAAACGUCAAGACUUACGCGGUUUGAGCUUCGGCGUGGACCGUGAUGUUCCCCGUGAAUAUUUCYCCCAACUGGGGAUCUCCCACCAGUUGCGAGAAGGACUCGGGGACGUGAAACCUCGAAUACUGGUCCGCGAUCGGUGCAAAGUUGAGYCGCAUGUACGUCACAUCGUCCGUCCAGUCGCCGUUGUUCGAGACCACCAGGCACACGGUCGUGGGUUUCCCGAUGGUCACCGGUUCAUAGCCCGUUUCGGGAUUGACGCAACCCCCCCAGCCCGAGCUGACUUCCUCGGCGGCCUGGUCGUCAGAGGCAACGGGGAGGACGGCAAAUGGGGAGAGCAGCAGCAGCGAAACGAGAAGCGCGGCGGGUGCCACCAUGGAUUGGAAGCGUGAGACGGAACGAAGCGGCAUCGGGCUCGGUGUAAUUCGUGGUUGAAAUGUUUCUUCUGUUGGUAUAAUGUAAAAGGUGAUUAGUCGAUGGCUCGUCAAUGGAAGCAAUUGGAAUAAUCACUGAUGUUGGGU